AUGAAGUCUAAUUUGGAUUUGAUCAAAGAGUGUGAUUCACUCCCUUACCCAAACGACACAGAAUACGACACCUUCACCGCAAGUUUCUAUACCCUCACGCACACCUCAGAGUCCUAUCCCAUACCAAUAACAAUUGGUCAAAUCCCCGAAUUCGUCUUCAACGCUCUAGCCAAAGUUCCUAUUUCCAUAAAGGGCGAACUAGAGGUAAAUCGCAACACCCGCACAGUCUCGGCAUUCCCCCAAGCUACCGAACCAGAACGCUCAGCAGCUGUAGCAGCGACCUGCGACUACUGGCGCAAGAACAAGACAUUCAAGGUUCUAGAAGGCUGGCGGAAUGAGCUGUACCCGGUUUACGGACCGAAGAAUGAAUUGUUGUUCAAUGUAGAAAGGAGCGCGAGCGUGUUGUUUGGGACUGUGAGUUAUGGAGUGCAUAUGGUGUGCUAUACGCGCAUGACAGAGGAGGAACGAGUGGAGAGUGGGAGUAGAUCGGACUUUAAGCUCUGGGUACCAAGGAGAAGUCGGACGAAGCAGACUUAUGGGGGAAUGUUGGAUAAUACUGUUGCUGGGGGAAUCUCUUCUGGUGAGGAUCCCUUUGAAUCGCUUGUAAGGGAGGCAGAUGAGGAGGCUUCGUUGCCAGAGAAGCUGGUGAGGGAAAAUACUAAGGCAGCUGGGAUCGUGACAUAUUCUUAUCUGAGAGAUCCCAGGGCAGGUGGAGAAAGUGGUGUUGUUCAACCCGAGAGUCAGUAUAUUUAUGAUCUAGAGCUACCGAAAGACGUAACGCCCAAAAUCAAGGACGGCGAGGUGGAGUGUUUCUAUUUGUGGACGUGCGAACAAGUCAUGCAGAGUCUGGCGAAGGGCGAGUUUAAGCCUAAUUGUGCUUUGGUAGCAAUAGAUUUCUUUAUUAGACAUGGGAUUUUGACGGAGGAGAAUGAGAAUGAUCUAGAGGAGAUUAAGAGGAGAUGCCAUAGAGAGAUCCCACUUCCUGGGCCUCAUUUAACGGCGAAGUAG